AUGGCAACUCCGUCGUACCAUCAGCCGGCGACACUUGAAGAAGUUCGAACCCUUUGGAUUGGCGACUUGCCUUAUUGGGCCGAUGAGUCUUUUCUCAAUAGUUGGUUCUCUCACACAGGCGAGGUGCUGUCAAUUAAAGUAAUCCGAAACAAAAUCACUGGCCAACCAGAGGGUUAUGGCUUCGUAGAGUUUUCUUCUCAUGCUGUAGCUGAGAAGAUCUUGCAAUCCUACAAUGGAACACAAAUACCUGGGACGGAGCUUAAUUUUAGGUUGAACUGGGCAUCUUUUGGCAUUGGAGAAAGACGCCCUGAUGCUGGUCCGGAGCAUUCCAUCUUCGUAGGAGAUUUAGCACCUGAUGUCAAUGAUUAUCAUUUGCAAGAGACCUUCAGAGCUCAUUACCCGUCAGUUAGGGGAGCCAAGGUUGUCACUGAUCCAAGUACUGGACGGUCCAAGGGGUAUGGAUUUGUCAAAUUUGCUGAUGAGACAGAAAGGAAUCGUGCGAUGACUGAAAUGAAUGGAGCGUAUUGUUCUACAAGACCAAUGCGUAUUAGUGCUGCAACACCUAAGAAAACCACCUCCAAUGUUUUGCAACAACAGUAUGCAGUAGCUAAAGCACUAUAUCCAGCAGCUCCAAUUUAUACUCCACCUGUGCAGACAAUCCCUGUUAAUAAUGAUGUAAAUAAUACCACUGUAUUUGUUGGUAAUCUUGACCCAAAUGUAACAGAAGAUGAACUGAAGCAAAUCUUUCUGCAGUUUGGGGAGAUUGUUUAUGUUAAGAUUCCUGCAUCACGGGAAUGUGGCUUUGUGCAAUUUGCUGCAAGGACAUCUGCUGAAGAAGCUAUUCGGCGGGUGGGUUUUGUGAUUGGGCAGCAAGUCGUCCAGCUUUCAUGGGGCAAGAGUCCAACUUCAAAACAGGACCAAGCUGGUGCAUGGAGCACAGAUCCCAGUCAAUGGGGUUCUUAUUAUUAUAUACCCGGGUAUGAUCCAUACUCGCAGGUAGUUGCACAAGACCCAUAUGGUGUUGGUUAUCCUUACCCUGGUUACGCUCCGUACCCCCAACAGGCUGACGGGUCGCAAGAUCCUGCAGUGAUAUCACCUGCUGCCCCUGCUCUGGAACAAAGAGAUGAAGUUUAUGAUCCUUUGGCUACACCAGAUGUCAACAAGUUAAAUGCAGCCUACAUUGGUAUCCAUGGAAACACCAUUUUGGGCCGGCCGAUGUGGCUGAAAACUUCCUCACUUGCCCAGCAAUCUUGA